AUGUCAGGUCUCGACGUGGAGGCUCUUCUUGAGUCGACAGCCGCUGCAACCCCCCAAGAGUCCCGCCGCUCUCAAGAUCGCGAUGACCGCUCCAAGGCCGACAGUACUGAUCGCCGCGACCGCGACCGUUCGCGCGAGAGGGAGCGCCGCCGCCGUGACCGCAGCCGCGACCGUCGUCGUGGUGACCGGGACGCCGAUGGAGAUGAAGACAUGAAGAGUCCGAGAAGCGAACAUGGCAGUGCUAACGGAAGCCAUAGAAGCAGAAAGAGGAGCAGGAGCCGCGACAGUGACCGGCACCGUCGGUCUCGUCGCGACCGCUAUGGCGAUGACUACCGCUCGAAUGGGGACUUCUACCGGGGAGGGGGCCGCGCUCGCACUCGAUCUCGCUCCCCUUAUGACGAUCGCUACUACCGUCCUUCGGGUCGUUCUCGUCGAGAUGAGCGGGAUGAUGAUCGUCGUGCGCGCCGUGAUCGCAAACGCAGCCCUAGCCGUGACAAGAGCCCUGAGCUCAAUGAAGAUGAACGCGACCGUCGCACUAUCUUCGUGCAGCAGCUUGCCGCCCGCUUGAGGACCAAAGAGUUGAUCGCGUUCUUUGAGAAGGUCGGACCCGUCAAAGAGGCCCAGAUUGUUAAGGACCGUGUCAGUGGACGAUCCAAAGGCGUCGGUUAUGUCGAGUUCAAAAACGAGGAGUCCGUCGCGCCCGCUAUCCAGCUUACAGGACAGAAGCUUCUAGGAAUUCCCAUUAUUGCGCAGUUGACCGAAGCGGAGAAGAAUCGCCAAGCUCGCAACCCCGAGGCCAGCAGUGGCAGCAACCACGCGGCCCCUUUCCAUAGGUUAUACGUGGGUAACAUCCAUUUCAGCAUCACUGAAAGUGACCUCCAGAAUGUCUUUGAGCCUUUCGGCGAACUUGAGUUUGUGCAGCUGCAGAAGGAUGAGACUGGUAGGAGCCGGGGCUAUGGCUUUGUACAGUUUCGUGACCCUAACCAAGCCCGAGAGGCUUUGGAGAAAAUGAAUGGCUUCGAUCUUGCGGGUCGUGCAAUUCGUGUUGGCCUUGGCAACGAUAAGUUCACCCCUGAGUCGAACGCCCAACGCAUGCAGAGCCAAGGUGCAAGUCAACAGAAUUUCCAGGGCUCCAUGUUUUCAGGCCAAGGUGGACGAGGUGUCCAAGCCGGCGGCACUAACAACUUCGAUCGUGCUGGUGGCCGGGAGUCUGAGAAGGGCGCCGGGGCAAGUGCCCUCGAUGACACAGACGUUGCUGGUGUGAACUUCAACAACUAUAGUAGGGAUGCAUUGAUGAGGAAGCUUGCAAGAACAGAUGAACCUUCAGAGCCCUCUGCCGACGACAAGCAGAAGAUUUUACGGCCCAAGACGGAAACCAAGCCGUUGCCUGUCAAUGUGAACAUGGCGAGUCGCUGUGUCUUGCUUCGUAACAUGUUCGAUCCCGCCGAGGAGGAAGGCGAAAGCUGGAUUAAAGAGCUUGAGGAUGACGUCCGCGCUGAGUGCGAAGACAAAUAUGGCCAUGUUGUUCACAUUGCACUAGAUCCCAACUCGCAAGGCGAUAUCUACCUCAAGUUCGACCGUGUCCAGGGCGGCGAAAAUGCCAUCAAGGGCCUCAACGGACGCUUCUUCGGUGGUAGACAGAUCACCGCCCAACCGGUUGUCGAUGCUGUUUACAGCAGCUUGUUUUCGCGGACUAAGGCAAUCUAG